CUCAUGAACGAGCAUUGAUAAAGGAGAAAUGAGUGUUGGUCCCGGUUGACACCGGUGACACUGAGACCUGGUAGUAAAAGCAGAGGAUUCCCUCGGCUCUCCAGAACCUUGUAAAGUAAUUCGAUCAAUCGCAAAGAUGUCUGAAUCACCAUCACCCUCAAGAACGAAGGUUGCUUUGACAGUGUUGUUCCACUCGAGCUGUGCUGUCUCGGUGACGCUGAUUUCAAAGUCUGCCCUGAAUGGCAUUGAAGCACCUGUUACCUUGCUUGCGUUGCAAACGUUUGUCCAAGUGGUGCUUCUCACACUUGUUGGAAAGCCUCUAGGAUGGAUUAAGUUCAGUCGCCCUCUAUCUGCCUGGAAAGGAUUGAUCCCCCUGAUGCUCGCACGCCUCGUCGGCAUUCUCGCAAAGACGUUCUGCCUGGCUAGUGUCGAUGCCUCCCUAUACCAGAUCGCAAGAGGCCUACUUCUGCCUUUCACCCUGCUCUUGUCACACUUCUUCCUCCACCCGCGACCAUACAACCCUCCGCUCUCGCUCUUCGGAUGCGGCAUGAUCAUGAUGGGCUUCGCCACUGGCAUGAUUACCGACUUGGGCGCUAUGCUCACGAGUAUCAAGGGUCUAUUACUAGGUGUCGGAUCCAGCUUCACUACCGCUGUUGAGAGUGUGGUCGUCAAGCGUUUCCUCACAAAAGGUGAUGAGGGUAUGUGGCAGAUGGUAUGGAUGACAAAUUGCAUGGCUCUGGCCUGCUACUUGCCUCUCUUCAUCAUCUCUGGCGAAUACACUGUAUUUUCUGGCCUCUACAACAGUGCCAUGGAUCUGGAUGUCGCAAACGCCGUCGCUGCCACCGACGCUUCUGGUCAACUCCAUGCUUUCUUGUACACUGCUGUCGCUACCGGUGGUGCAAGUUUCCUGUUGACUCUGGCCACCUUCCUGCAAAUCUCCGUCACUAGCCCGACAACACAUAUGAUUGUCACCGCUGCUAGAGGAGUCGCACAAAGCGCGCUCGCCGUCUUGAUCCUUCGCGAAGCUGUUACCAUGGGUAGAAUUUGGGCCAUGGUCUGCAUUCUGGGCGGUAGUGCAGUGUAUGCUUGGGGCAAGGACAGAGUCAAGCAGCGUACCGAGAAGGCCGAUGAUAGAGGCAUGUACGAGAAGCUCAAUGAAUUGGAAGCCAGGGAAUCAGAAGAGAGUGUAGAGCUACGGAAAGUUUGAUUCCGAGCAUCUUCAUAGAUAGAUCACCUUUAUGACUACUUAAUCUUUGCAUUCCCACGUUCUUCUGACCCGCUUCCCCCAAGAAAGAUCCGGGCGAGUAGUGAUACACUACGAAACGGCAUAGUAAAGUCCGGAGAAAGUCAAGCUACAGAGAAUCAAACUAGAGGCACGAAAUACACAUUAGCAACU